AUGCCACUCACUCCUCUAGAUUUAUUCAUCCGAGCUACUGAUGCUUUGGUUAAAUUUGACGCCAAAUUCAGUUCCCCACGGGACGAAGAGCUCGAUGUCUAUAUUUUAGAACUACAGGGAGCUGAGGUGAAGAGAUUAUGGGAAAAGGUGCAAACCACGUAUGAAAAAUGCCAAAAUUAUUUGACAGAACAAGAUUGUUCUAGUGACCAUUUCACUGCCGCAGAAACCAAAUGCGAUGUCGCUUAUAAUUGCUUCCUUAGGGUUCUAUCUACAAUCAAUAGAAAGUUAGAUGAACUUCGGGCUCCGCCUUCUCCUCACUCAGUUUCCAAUGCUACGCAUCAGUCAACAGUUGGUGAGGAAAAUUCUAGUCAUAGGCUCAACUUACCGCCCUGUGACAUUGAAGUUUUUGAUGGCGACUUCCUUAAUUGGCCUACAUUUAGGGACUUAUUUUCUGCGGUAUACAUUAACAAUUCAGGCAUUAGUGACAUUGAACGCCUAUGUCACUUAAACAAAAAGACCAGUGGCGACGCCCAUGAAAUUGUGGCUAAGUUUUCGCUUACCCACACCAAUUUUGGUCUUGCGUGGAAAGCUCUAAAGCGUACGUACGACAAUCCACGUAUCUUGGUGAACCACCAACUUAAGCUUCUAUUCGAUUUGCCUGUUCUAGAUAAUGAGACUAGUUCAGGCCUAAAACAAUUGCAAAGGGGUAUUAAUGGGUGCAUAUCAUCCAUGUCAAAUUAUGACGUCUCCACCGAAGACUGGGACCCUAUUCUAGUGUUCAUAUGUCUUCAGAGGCUACCACAAAAUUGCGUCACUCUUUGGGAACAAAGUAUCAAAGAUAAGUCUGCUUUGUCUUCCUGGAAAGAUUUGGAUAACUUUCUUACGGAACGUAUCCAAACUCUUACCUGCUUACGUGACAUUCGUGGCAUUGAUAAC